AUGCCGGAGCUUGACGGCGGCGGCGAGGAUACGUCCAGCGGCGGAGAGGCCUCCGCGUCCACCGCCAGGAGCGGCGUCUCGCACACCAUCGUGACUGUCUUGGCUGUGCUGCUCGGCACCUUCGCGGCCCCGCGGCGGCUGCGGGUGCUGCGUCCUAUCUGCGAGCGGUGGAGGGUCGGCGUGCCGCACGCGGUUGCAGCGACGCGUGUGGAGGACGCCUGCCGCGUGGCGAUGGAGCGGCUGGCGGUCAAAAUGAGCCGCGUGAUGGGGAAAAGCGACUAUAAAGCUUCGCUUGAAGGCGAACCGCACGAAACAACCCUGCCGCUCACGUCUUUUCCUCAAAAUGACUAUGCCCUGCGCUUAUUUCAACUCCUCGCUCGGCUGGGGGNGGGGGGGGAGAUGACCGUCCGGGGUGGCGCAAGCGACGCGGCAGCUUCCAAGCCGGCCGUCAUUGCCCGCGGCGGAGGAAGUGUGCUCUACGACG